GGAAAUCAAACCCAUGCAUCAUUUUUGCAAAUAUGUGGACCAAUUUUAAGACAAACACAAUUAUCUACAUUAUUAAAUAAUUAAUUACUAUAGUUUAGUAGUACACCCUCGAUAAAUACAAACAUUAGGACAUGCAUGCCCUAAUUAAACUUUUUUUCUUAAUUUUCUUUAUUUUGACCUAAUUAAUUAAUCUUUUUUUUUUUUUUCAUUUCAAAGUACAUAUAUUAUUCUUUUUUCACUGAAACGGGAAAAUCUUUCUUUUGGCAUUAUUUUGCUUUCUCUCUCCUCUUCUCUUCUCCAUAUGUAUUCACUCUCUCUAAAUCUUUAGGGUUGUUUGAUAUGAGAAAGAAACAGGAAGACAAAAGAGAGGUUACCCAUACUAUAUAGCAUGUUCUUCAAUGGAAAAUCUUAUUCACUUCAUUUAAUGUUUAUGAUUUCUUUUAUUUCUAUAAGUUAGUUAGUUAGUGUGUUUAUUCACUAUAUACACAAACAUUUAGUAUGUACCACUACUAGUACUAGUUGAUCAACUCCCUAUAUUGCUUGCUAGGAUAUCAAUCGGAAAAAAGUAGCUUAAUUGGUAAAGUCUGAUAGGUAAAAACGCGCUUUCUUGUUGUGUCUACAAGAUAUAACCCUACCUAGCUAGUAUGUCAAUAAGCUCUUGUUUCGUUAUGAUGUAUCUUCUAUGCUUAUUUUUAUUAAGUACAACAUCAAGCGCAACCCGCCACCUUACCGGGGUUGUUGUCGACGAAGAGCCGCCUCAUCAAAGCACCGUUCAUGAUGUCAUGAAGAAUGUUGACAAGAAGGUGAUCAAAGUGGAGACAACAAUCAACAUGAAUUCAUCUCAAGUAAAUACUACAAAAUUAAGCGAUGAACGCAGUAUGAAGCUAAUAAAGACGGAGGGAGAAAUGAAGCCAAAGAAAAAGAACGAAGAUCGCGAUCACAAGCUAAAACAUGCUAUGAACCUUAAGAAUGGAAGACAAAAUCAUAGAGAAAGGCGGCCAUAUCCAAAAAACUUAGUUAAGAGUAAGUUUCCAAAAGUUGUGUCAUGGAGUGUGCCAAGAACUGAAAAUGAUGAAUUGCCACAGACAGCCAUCAACUUAGAUUAUGCACCUCCUAAAGUACACCCUCCUACCCACAACUAAUCUUUUUUGCUAAUUUUUUUUUUUUUUGGUCUUUGAGGAAACUAAGCAACUAGGAUUAAGGUAAUCAAAGAGACCUAAACUAUAGGCUCUUAUAUAUGAAGAUUGAAUAGUAUGAGUAUAACAGCUUGGUUAUUGUUCAAAGUUUAUUGUAAAUGAUUAUAAUUUCUAAGAGAGAGUCAUAUAUAUCAAGUAAUCUAAUUAUUAAUUAGAAGUUCUUGUAUCUGAUUUUUUGUUGCUUUCUUUCUUAAAAUGCUUCACCAUUUAAGCAAUCAGUCAUGCACUUUGCCUAAUAUGGCUUUAAUUUGUUGCUAGUUGAAUCAUACUCAGUUCUCAUUAUUAUAAAGUUAUUAAGUUACUAUUAUUAUCAUU